UUUGAACUCCACUCUUUCAUUGCUUUCAUGGGUUGUUAUGGAUUUUGAUUCAUAGAUUUAACCUUAAGCUUGCUUCAAUUAUUUAUAAUGUCCCCUAACAUUUAAAUUAAUUAUUGAUAAACAAUGCAAUUCUACUUGAGCUUCUUGUUCUGAUACCAACUUAUUCUCUCUGUUUAACGAUAAACGCACUUAUACAAUUCCAGAUAAUUCUGAUUUUUACUUCUUGUGGGUCUUUUUCCUUUUAUCUUUUUGGCUUUCUAGGAAACUGUUAUUUGAUGGGUUCUGUAAGUUCUUGCUGGGUGUAAAGAUUGAAGAUGGGAUCUUUUUCUUCAUUUCAAGUUCUUUUGCUGAGUUUGGGACUCUUUCUUGCUGCUUGUAAUGCAUUCCCACAAAAUGAAGCUGUAGCUCUCACUUUCUUCAAGAGAGCUAUAAUGGAGGAUCCCCUUCUGGUUUUGUCAGAUUGGAACCCUAUGGAGUCCGAGCCUUGUGAAUGGUCUGGAAUUUCUUGUUCUAUGGCAAGAGAUCAUGUCAUAAAGCUUAACAUAUCCGGGGCAUCGUUAAAGGGUUUCAUUGCACCAGAACUGAACCAACUAUCUACUUUGCAAGAAUUAAAUUUGCACGGAAAUUUGCUGAUUGGUACAAUCCCCAAGGAAAUUGGUAUGUUGAAAAACCUGAAGGUCUUGGAUUUGGGCAUCAACCAGCUAACAGGACCAAUUCCUCCCGAGAUUGGAAACUUAACCAGUGUUGUGAAAAUAAACCUCCAAUCCAAUGGGUUGACAGGGAAUCUACCUUCCGAGCUUGGCAACUUGAAGCACCUCAAAGAAAUCCGGCUGGAUAGGAAUAGGCUUCAAGGACAAUUCCCUGCUAGCAAUGGCUCAGAGUUCCCUUCCAAUCUACACGGGAAGUAUGCUUCAACUGGAAGUCCCACAGGUUUUUGUCUAUCAUCCCAAUUAAAAGUUGCAGAUUUCUCAUUCAACUUUUUUAAUGGAAGCAUACCCAAGUGCUUGGGAUAUCUUUCUAGAUCGAGCUUUCAAGGUAAUUGCCUUCGAGAUAAAGACUCCAAGCAGCGCACCACAGAACAUUGUGAAACAGUUAUAGCAGGUGGUGCUUCGCCAUCUAGCAACCAUCCAGUAGUUAACACACAACACCAACGUGUUGAAGACAGAUCCACACACCAACCUAAAGCUUCAAAACCUGCAUGGCUUUUGUCCCUCGAAAUAUUGAUGGGAAUUAUGGUGGGUUCUCUAUUUGUCAUUGCUCUCGUCACUACACUUCAGAAGUGCAAGCAAAAACCUUCUAUAAUCAUCCCUUGGAAGAAAUCAGCAAGUGAUAAAGACUACACGAUGAUGUACACUGAUUCCGAGCUACUGAAGGAUGUGGUGAGGUACAGCAGACAAGAACUUGAGAUAGCUUGUGAAGAUUUCAGCAACAUUAUCGGAUCCUCUCCAGAUAGCCUAGUAUACAAAGGAACCAUGAAAGGCGGGCAGGAAAUAGCUGUAAUAUCCCUUUCCUUCAUAGAAGAGAAUUGGACAGGCUUCCUUGAACUUUAUUUUCAGAAAGAGGUGGCAGAUUUGGCAAGAUUAAAUCAUGAAAAUACGGGAAAAUUGCUAGGGUGUUGUAGAGAAAGCAAUCCGUUUACAAGGAUGCUGGUAUUUGAAUACGCAUCAAAUGGAACACUUCACGAGCACCUUCACUACGGAGAAGGGUGUCAAUUUUCUUGGACACGGCGCAUGAAAAUUAUUAUUGGCAUAGCCAAGGGACUAAAUUAUCUUCACACUGAAAUUGAUCCGCCAUUUACUAUAUCCGAAUUGAACUCCAGUGCUGUAUAUCUUACAGAUGAUUUUUCUCCCAAGUUGGUUGAUUUUGAGAGCUGGAAGUCGGUUCUUUCGAGAUCUGAGAAGAGCUCAGGCACAAUCAGCAAUGAAGGUGCCAUUUGUGUUCUUCCGAAUUCUAUGGAACAACGCCAUCUUGAUAUCCAGGGUAAUAUCUAUGCUUUUGGAAUUCUUCUAUUGGAAAUAAUCAGUGGGAGACCUCCAUAUUGCCAAGAUAAAGGGUGCUUAGUCGUUUGGGCCAAGGAAUUUCUUGAAAUGCCUGACAUUACAUCUUAUGUGGUGGAUCCCGAGUUGAAACACUUCAGAUACGAGGACCUAAAAGUUAUAUGCAAGGUGGUAAAUUUAUGCAUCCAUCCAAGUUCUAGCACUAGGACAUCAAUGCAGGACUUGUGCGCCAUGUUGGAGAGUGGUAUUGACACAUCUGUGUCACUCGAGCUUAAAGCAUCAUCAUUGGCAUGGGCCGAGCUAGCGCUUGAUUCAUAACCGAUCAACAGAAAUAUACAGUAGCAAUACCUUUUACUUUGUUCAUUUUCAUUUUAAAAUCUUGUGUAAUCUAACAUUUGGUAUUGGGUUAUAGAAACAUAAGGUUUGUAAUUGGCCAAUGUCAAUUCUUUGUGUAAUCUUUAGGCCAACUAGUAACAUUUGAGAGUGACAAAUAGUGAAUGAAGACCUUGCUUCA